CCCAGAGGUGGCUGCAUCUCUGUGCCCAAUAGCGUGGAGCUGGUGAGUUCAGCCUACCACGUGGGCUGUGGCGAAUGCAGUGGCCUUCUCCCGCCGGUAGGUCUGUAUGGGAUGGUCCAGGCCUGUGCCCUCACCCAAGAUGGCCGCCGCGUCUCCGUAGCUGGCGAGUUGCCCUCGCCCAUAAUGUCAGCUGCACGGCUUCACUACCGGGCAGGUUGUCGCCGCGCUGAUUGGCCGUGGGCUCAGUCGCCUCGCUCCGUGAUUGGGUGCGGCGGCCACGACCGGAAGAACCUGGCCCGCAGCUGGAGGCUGCACGUGGUUCAGGCGCUCAGGAUGGAGGUGGUGGCAGGGAGCGGGAUGCAGGGGGGGCCAGCCGGGGCGGGCAAGAAGAAGUUGACGAAGAAGCUGCAGCGCUAUUGGGAAGGGGCCUCCCAGCCGGACACCCCUGAAGCCGCCCCCCUCAGGGCCAAGAGGCGUCGCAAUGAGAAGACCAGGCUGCGGGCUGGGGCAAAGAGGAGCCUGGAGGCCAGGAAGGGGCUGCCGGCGUCAGGGGCUGCAGGCCGGAUCUCUGGGAAGAGGGACCCGUUCCCCGGCGCCGCCCCCCUCCCCCUCCACAAGGUGAAGAAAUUCCAGCGGGGCCAGAAAUCGCAGCUGGCAGGGGCAUCCAGCCGGCGGCUCCGGGACCAUCUGGCCUCGCUGGAGCAGAAGGUGGAGCUGGCAACACAACAGGCUGCGCGCAUGGAGCUGCUGCUGCCCGAGGAGCCAGGCUUCCUGGAGGGGGACCCCGGCGAGGACACCUGCACCAUCGCCCAGGCUGACAUCGCCGAGGCCGCGGACAUUGUCAGCGCCACUAAGCACUUUGAGCUGAGACUGAACCAGUUUGGCCCCUACAGGAUGGAUUAUACCCGACCUGGCAGGCAUCUGCUGCUGGGGGGCCGGCGGGGCCAUGUGGCAGCCCUGGACUGGCAAACCAAGUCACUGCUGUGUGAGAUCAAUGUCAUGGAGACGGUCACUGACGUCACGUGGCUGCACACGGAGACGAUGUUCGCGGUGGCCCAGCGGCGCUGGCUCUACGUCUACGACAACCAGGGCGUGGAGCUGAACUGCCUGAAGCGCUUCAAUGGGGUCCUACGCAUGGAGUUCCUGCCCUACCACUUCCUGCUGGCCACCGCGAGCGAGACGGGGUUCCUGCAGUACCUGGACAUCUCGGUGGGGAAGGAGGUCGCUGCCAUCUGCACCCGGGGGGGACGCCUGGGCGUGAUGGGGCAGAAUCCGGCCAACGCCAUCAUCCACCUGGGGCACAGCAACGGCACGGUGACCCUGUGGAGCCCCAAUGUCAAGGAGCCCCUGGUGCGGAUGCUGUGCCACAAGGGGGGGGUCCGGGCCGUGGCCGUCGACAGCUCCGGAACGUACAUGGCGACAUCGGGGCUGGACCGGAAGCUGCGCGUCUACGACCUCCGGACAUAUCAGCCCCUGCACUCCCUGGUGCUGCCCAUGGGCGCCGGGCACCUGGCCUUCAGCCAGCGGGGGCUGCUGGGGGCCGCCUGCGGGGAUGUGGUCCAGGUGUACCGGGACGUGCCCAUGCACCUGCCUCGCAAGCCCUACCUGUCGCACACGCUGCCCCGGGCGGCCCACGGCCUGCGCUUCUGCCCCUUCGAGGACGUGCUGGGCGUAGGGCAUGGCAGCGGCAUCACCAGCCUCCUGGUGCCAGGUGCUGGACAGGCGAAUUUCGACGCCCUGGAGAACAACCCGUUCCGGAGCCAGAAGCAGCGGCAGGAGUGGGAGGUCAAAGCCCUGCUGGAGAAGAUCCCGUCGGAGCUGAUCACGCUGGACCCGAGGCAGCUGGGCCAGGUAGAUGCCAUCACCAUGGAGCAGAAGCACCAGGAGCGAGUGGCGCGGCUGGGCUUCGACCCCCAGGCCAAGCCGGCGUUCCAGCCACGCCGGAAGCUGAAGGGGCGCAGCUCAGCCGGGAACCUCCUGCGUCGUAAAAAGAAGGUGGCGAAUGAGGAGCAACGGACCAAGAUCCGGAAGAGCCUGGAGCAGCAGCAGGAGGUGGAGCGAGAGCUGAAGGCGGCACCCCGGGCUCAGAGGUCGGCUCUGGAUCGAUUCAGGAAAUAACCUCGUGGGGGUUGGGGGGAGAGGAUUGCCCCCCAUGGGGGCGAAAGGGGUCACGAGCGUUACCCAUCCCCUCCGGGGUAAGGGCUGUGGGGUGGGAGCAGGGUGGGGUCCCCCACUCACCCUGCACUGUCACCCUGAUAUUUUUGUAUUAAAGUUGUCGUUGGCUUUGUC